CGUGCUCUCAGUCGGCUUUCAGACCUCCGAAUGGGAGAUUCGGUCUCGCUAUUUUUUUUCGCGUAUGUACGUAAACAAACGAGAUUCACGCGCGUCGCGUUGAGUUUCGUACACAAGUGAAACCUUCCGUCGCGCCUGCUCUCAUUAAUCAGUCAGUGUGAUUGCGUUGGAUCGCCGGAUGGACAUUUUCUACAAGGAUAUCCGACGCGUUUCGAAGAAGCAGUGACAUCGUAUCGCGACUUUCAUGCUUCGUGCAUCGAGUACCGGUUCGCAGGGCUUGAUACGGGGCUCGCUUGCGCGUCGAGGAUCAGCGUAGCUAUGGAGCCACAGGAUUGUUAAUUGAGCUUUCUCUCUCUUCAAGUCGGAACCGAGGAUCUCACGCUGCCAAUAUGGAGCGAUGGAUCGUGUACACGUUGAUGCUGCAGGUCUUAGUUGCCAUCGCACGAGCAACCGAGGAUUUUCGGCACAUCUUGUACGAAGAUUUAGCGGACACCAAUAUGUUCCGACAAGAAGGAGUCACGACUUAUUCUCAGCUGCUUUUCGAUGUGGCACGGCAGCAAGUCGUUGUUGGUGCACGAGAUAAUUUGUACCGCUUGACGCUGACGUCGCUUACGGACCUGGAGCACGCCACGUGGUCCGCGCCGGAGGACAAGGUCAACACCUGUCAGAAUAAGGGCCAGAGCGUCGAGGAUUGUCGUAAUUACGUCAAGGUGCUCCUCAGCAACGGCAAGAGCCUCUUCACCUGCGGCACUUACGCCUUCAGUCCGUGGUGCGCCUGGCGAGAGAUCGAGAAUAUAACGAGCGUGACCAGCGAGAUGGCGGGUGUGGCCAUGUGUCCUUAUUCACCGCAUGCGAACGUCACGGCGCUUCUCUCGAGAGGUCCUUCCGGCGGCCUCUUCGCCGGCGGGUCGACCGACUUCUCCGGAGCCGAUUCUGCGAUCUACAGAACGUUGGCGUCACCGAAUCUCAGGACACGACAAUACGAUUCCAAAUGGCUGAAUGACCCGCAGUUCGUCGGCAGCUUCGAGACGGAAGAUCACGUGUACUUUCUAUUUCGCGAAUCCGCCGUUGAGUACAUCAACUGCGGCAAGAAAAUAUACUCGAGGAUAGCGAGGGUUUGCAAAAAUGAUCGAGGUGGACAGAUUAUGAUGAAGGACGUAUGGACGACCUUCAGUAAAGCCCGUUUGAAUUGCUCCCUUCCCGGCGAAUUUCCAUUCUAUUACGAUGAGAUUCAAGGCGCGGUUUAUCAUCCGGAAGAAGGAAUCAUUUACGCGACCUUCACCACUCCUAUUAACGGCAUCGCAGGCUCGGCGAUCUGCGCGUACAACAUGUCGGCGAUCGUCGCUAGUUUUAACGGGCCUUUUAAGUAUCAGGAAAAUGCGGGCGCCGCCUGGGAAAGGAGGCCGGUCGCGCAUCAUAAUCGACAACGCUGCGGCCCUCUGUCCAGCACCGCGUCGCAUCAGAUCAUGGAUAAUCAGCAGUACCAGUUGAUGGACGAGGCGGUCCAGAGCACGAUGCUGGGUCCGCUGCACACCGCGACCCUCGAGCGAUUCACCCAUAUCGCGGUGGACGUGACGCCGACUAAACUGCACCGUAGCGUGACGGUCCUCUACGUCGCCACGGCGGCCGGACUGAUCAAGAAGAUCUCCGUUCUGCCUAGAACGCAGGAAACGUGCAUCGUCGAGGUUUGGGGGCCUUUGCCCUCGCCAUCGAUGACGUUGCAAUUCCUCAAGGACACGCAGAGCCUCUACGUCGGCAUGGAAAUUGGCCUCUUACGUAUACCAGCAGUUCAAUGUUAUCGUCAUCGGAGCCGUCAAGCGUGCCUGAAUGCCCAGGAGCCGUAUUGUGGAUGGAACGAGCACCUCAUGAAGUGUGCGCAAGCACCGAAACAGAAUUAUCUCGCGAAUCAUUGGCAUCAGGAGGUCACCAAAUGCCCGGUGCUCACCGAUCCUGUCGACGGAGGCUGGAGCGCGUGGAGUUCUUGGUCGCCCUGUCAACACGGUACAGAGGAACAAUUAUCCGGACACGGUCACGCUCACUCUCACUCGCAUAGCGAAUACGCGGAGAAGAUUGACACGUGCCAGUGUCAGACCAGAGAAUGCAACAAUCCUCCGCCGCAGCACGGUGGCGAGAGCUGCACGGGUGCGCGCAUCAGAGUAACAAAUUGCACCGUUCACGGCGAAUGGACCGCUUGGUCAGCAUAUUCAGCCUGCACUCAGACUUGCGGUUUCGCGAUGAAAAGUCGGCGACGAACUUGCACAAAUCCAGCUCCUGCGUUCGGCGGGCGCGUUUGCGUUGGUUAUGACCACGAUGAUACUAUGUGCAUCGAUCUGCCACCUUGUCCUGUUCCCACUAAAGUCACCCCGCCGCCUCAGAACGGACAGUGGUCAACCUGGGGACCCUGGCUUGCGUGUUCGCGACCAUGCAAUGGCGGGGUACGUAUUAGAAAGAGGACCUGCGACAACCCAUCGCCAAAGAAAGGUGGCGUUGAAUGCCCUGGAUGCGAUUUUCAGCUUGAAGAAUGUAACACUCACGAAUGCACUGAAACGAGACGGUAUUCUGGAUGGACUCCCUGGUUAGCAGUAAAUGCCAGUUUGCAGAGCGUUAAUACGGGCUAUCUGGAGAAACGUUUCCGAUUCAGUUGUCGCGCACAGACGGAUGAUCCGUCAAGCGUACGAGUGCAACUUGCUAAGGAAGAAGAACGCUAUUGUCGAAAUGAUGGAUCUUGCCAGAGAGGAAAAGAUGCGGAAUCCAUCAAUGAGAGCGGCUGGAGCGAAUGGUCUUCCUGGGGUUCAUGCGAUCGUUCUUGCGGGCGAGGUACCCAGCAUAGAGUAAGGCAAUGCGAAUCGCCACCAUGCGAAGGUGGUCUCUCUGCACAGAGUAGAAUCUGCAACCCGCAUCCGUGCCACGUGAAUGCAGGCAGUGGCAGCACAGUGGAAGGGCAAUGGUCAUGUUGGACAGAGUGGUCCGAAUGCUCGGCAACCUGUGGCAUCGGUAUACGUACUAGGACGAGAGAGUGCCUCGGUCCGGAGAGCUGCAACGGUCCUCGAUUGGAUAGGGAGACUUGCGAAAUGGCCAGUUGCGAAUCACUGGUCGGUUGGGACACGUGGUCACGUUGGACCCCGUGUGAUGGUGACCAUCAACAACACCGAAAACGAGCAUGCCUACAACAUGGAUCCGGCAUGUGCGAAGGGCCGACUCGCGAGACACGCGAUUGCCUUCCAGACUGCAUGGACAACGAUGUAAACGCUUUGCCUUCAAGCGUGGAGAACUCAAGCGUUACGGUGGGUGCAGUAGUAGGCAGCUGUGUAAUCGGUUUUGUCAUCGGCCUGACAUUAACCGCGGUUCUGUGUUUCUUCUAUUUGAAACGACGCAAACCGCGCCUGCCAGGAAAUCCGCAUUAUAUCAGCAAACAAAAUCCUUACGUCACUGUGCCAUUGAAAGAGGUGAACGCAAAGCGACAACCUAGCUUUUCGGGUAGCACCAACGGAAACGGGACUCUACGUGGUAAGAAUAAUCCCAAUGUUAACGGUCUUGGUAGUCCCAAACUAUAUCCGAAGAGUCUCGAUUAUGAAUCUGCUACCCUAAAGCGUAACAGUCACGGCCAACAACAUAUUCGUGCCGAUCUUGAUCAGGACAAGUACUACUGAACGAGCCAUCCACAUGGAAUCGUGCAAAUAGUGCGUCGUUUAAUUUGUGCUCUGGUCUUUCCGAUCAGUAGUGUGAUCCUCGUGUGAUUUAUUUCUAUGGUGAGUCAUAUAUAACGUUGCUCUGACCCCGAAUGUUAAUUUAUUCUCGCAUUUGGCAACUGCAUUUUUAUUGAUCGAUUAGCGUUCGAUUGAUGUUAAAAGUGACGCAUGUAUGACUCGAGGACUCGACGGACUUCCACGUUAUAGGAAGAGUAUAUCUACUUAAUUAAAUUAAGGCGACGAGAUAAUCGAUCAA